AUGUUCUCCAAGAUCUCUAUCUUCUUCACAGUCCUUGCACUGUUGAUCCAAAUCACAGUCGCUACUCCACCCGCCUGUGUUAUCCAGGCCCCAGUCUGGAAAAUCCCCGACGAUGUCAAGGACAUCUGCGCCAAUGGCAGCGCUGUCGAGCAGACCCUCGUUAGUGACUGUGGCAACAAGUUCAACGCUGCCACGAGCGCCUUCUCCAGUAUCUGCUCUGGUGUCGGUGUCACCAUCUCCGCUUGGAGUGCCGCCUCAUCGCCCACUACUCCUGCCAGCUCGCCCGCUGUGAUUAUUGCCGGCGCUUCCACUAUCUUGCCUACCAGCGAUGUCAAGACUGACUCCACUUCGAUCUCGGUCCCUGCUUCGGCCUCAGGCGCCGAUUCAAUCGUCAAGUCUACCGACUCAGCUGUCAAGUCCACUGAUAUUGCUGUCACCACUGCCACUGGCAUUCUCACUGAAACCAGCACUGUCACCAGCACUCAGGGUGCCGACUCAUCAGCCACUUCAUCGGGUUCGGUCUCUACUGGAGCUGCCGAACACGUCGAGAAGGGCGGAUUGGUGAUGGGCGUCAUGGCCGCUGCUGGUCUCGUUAUGGCUCUGUGA